GCGCACCUCAGCACGUGUCUGCCAGUCUGCUGUGUGGCCUCCACUCUGCUGUCCUAUCCUGGGAUGAGAGGCCAGACGCUGAAGUGCACACAGCAAGCGCUAUCAAGUCAUCAGGAGGAGAACUGAGAACGUGCAACUCCUCGGGCUCCUCCUGCAAGUUCACUGGUCUUGACUGUGGAGAAAUGUAUAACUUUACGGUUGCAGCAUUUGGUGGAGGCUGCUGGAGCCCAGAAAGCAGCCUUACUCUCAUCCAAACAGAACCUUGCCGGCCGCUGAAUGUUUCUGCUCAGACCUUCUGUGAGAGUGAGGAAGUGCAGCUCUCCUGGUAUCAAACAGGCCAUGGAGCCAAUUAUUCAGUCACAGCAAUGGGGAGCCUCGGGUACAUGGCGGUCUACAACACAACCGGGACGCUUUAUUCAGCCACGUUACCCUGCGGGCAGCACUACAACGUCACCGUCCAAGCUCAGAGCAGCCGCUGUCACAGCACGCCCAGCAGUCCUUUCUUCUUUAAGACCGGUCCGUGCGCCCCCAGGGACGUGGUGACGUCAGCGCAGUGCGGGUCCAGCGUGGGGUCCGUCAGCUGGGGCCCCAGUGACGGCGCCGAAUCUUACAUCGCCCGAGCGACGGGCCUGGACGGCCACGUUCACCUGUGCCGCACCAACACCACUUCCUGCACCUGGAGCGAGCUGCACUGCGGGGAGCAGUACGCAGUGACUGUGGGCGCGGAGGCUGACCACUGCAUCCGCUUGUCGGGCAACUCCUCUGUCAUCUAUAUGAAUUCCUGCAGGCCCCAGAACCUGGCUGCCUCCGUAGACUGUGACAAGAAGGUUGUUUCUCUGGGCUGGGACACCAACAACCGCACAGAGACCUACGCGGUUUCAGCUGAGACGGGAGACCAAGUGAUCGGUCUCAGCACCAACAUCACCACGGCCCUUUUCUCUGAAUUUACAUGCGGCCAAAACUACAGCCUCACAGUCACCCCCUACAACCAGCACUGUCCCGGCGGGUCGAGCGCGUCCACCUCCGUCCAGACCUGGCCGUGCAUGCCAGAGGGGAUCUCCGCCACGCAGGACUGCCUGUCGGGCAUCGCGGUGGUAACCUGGGGCUCCUCCAACGGCUCAGACUACUACACGGCCGCCGUGCAGACGGACGCGGGCGUCUCCAAGAUGUGCGUGUCGGAUGCCGGUGCAUGCAGCAUCAGCGGCCUGACGUGCGGCCACAACUUCUCGGUGUCAGUCACGGCUUCCAACCAGCAGUGUAACGUCACCUCCAGAGAAACUGCAAGUCUGCAGUCAGGGCCUUGCAUUCCCACCGACGUCUCUGUGAAGAUGGACUGCUCCAACAACUCGGCUGCUGUGUCCUGGUCUCCCAGUCGAGGAGCUCUGCGGUACUCGGUGUUGGCCAACGGCAGCCACAGCGACGACAGCUGCACCGCCUCCGACCUCAGCUGCCUGGCAUGCGGGGCGGACUACGCGGUUCAGGUGGUGGCGGAGGAUGACCGCUGCUCCAGUCGCCCCAGUCAGCCUGUGCUUUUCGAAUCAGGCCCCUGCCCUCCCCACAACCUGAACGUCCAGCUCAGCUGUCUGUCGAACGACCUGACGGUCACCUGGGAUGCUGUGAGACACGUGGACCACUUCCUGGUGUCCCUGACGGCUGCCGGCGGAGAGACUGGUGAAUUAUGCAACACCACAAGCAACGUCUGCUCCACAAGCAACUUAACAUGUGGUCACGCCUACACCGUUCAAGUCACCUCUGUGAGAGGCGACUGUCAGAGCGAGCACAAUCAGAGCCGCAGCAUCCACUCAGCACCCUGUCAGCCUCAAGGAGUCAGCGGCCACCUCGACUGUGUGACCAACUCCGCCUGGAUCUCCUGGGACGCUGCUCCGGGGGCGGAGAGCUACACCGUGUCAGCUGUCGGAGGAGACGCCUACACGGCCAACUGCACCACCUCCAAUACGACGUGCGAGGUGGAGGACCUGGCCUGUGGCGUUUCCUACAAUUUCACCGUCACCGCCAGAAACGGCCAGUGCGAGAGUCCGCCAAGUGCCUCCAUCAUCUUACGGACAGCGCCCUGCUCCCUCUCUGCCAUCACCGCCUUCGCUCAGUGCCAUAAUUCCUCCAUCCUCGUUGAGUGGGGGCUGACGGAGGGCGGCGGCGCGGAGAGCACAUUGCACAUUGCCGUGGCGGAGGCCAGCGACCAAACCUAUCUGACCUGCAACAGCACCGGCGGCAGCUGCUUCCUCCGGGGAGCGCGCUGCGGUCUGCGCUACACCAUCAUCGUGGCAGCCUCGUCAGACCGAUGCAGCUCUCUGAGGAGUCCACCCUACAGAAUCAGCAUGGAGCCCUGUGCUCCCGGGGAUGUGUCGGUGGACGUCUCCUGUGAGCAUCACAGCGCUCUGGUGUCCUGGACCCCGUCCCCCGUCGCUGACACCUACCGCGUGUUCGCCGUGGCUGCGAACGGACACGAGCGCGCCUGCAACGCCACCUCCAGUAACUGCACCCUGUCGGGGCUCCACUGUGACCAGCGGUACACGGUGUCUGUGGUCGCCAGUCACGAGAACUGCACCAGCAGAGCCAGUCCAGAUGCAACCGUGAUCACAGGCCCCUGCCAGCCAAGUGGACUCUCCAAGACUUUCCAUUGUGACAAUCAGUCUGCGGCGCUGACCUGGGCGCCCAGUGACAACGCUGAAGACUAUUAUGGCUGCGCUCAAGCUGAAGACGGAGAUAGGCUCUGCUGUCACAGCACGGAGCCCGGCUGCACCAUCAACGGUCUCGUCUGUGGGAAAGUCUACAGUUUCAGCGUGCAGGCCUCAAAUGGAACGUGCAACAGCUCCUCCAGCAACGCCGUGCAGAUCGCAGGAGCUCCUUGCCCUCCUCAAUCCGUCGAGGUGCAAGAGUUGCCGAUGCAGAUGGAGAGCCAGGUGAUGCGCUUCACCUGGACGGAGGUUACCUGUGGAGAACCGGAGUACCUGCUGACCCUGACGGGGAGUCUGCUGGGAGACGGCCACGCCCUGUUUGAGAUCUCCUCCUACUGGACCAAUGUGACGUACUUUGAGAUCCCUCUACCCUGCAGCUCCUCCUACGUCGCCACGCUGAGGAGCAGGAAUGCCGCAGGCAUGAGCGACAAGUCAGCGGCUCUCAAUGGAACAACAGCCCCUUGUCCACCAUCAGGAGCGAAGUACAGCAGCAGCAGCUCCUCGGUCAGCGUCUCGUGGAACUCCUCGGUGUUUGCCACCACGUACACCCUGUACAGUGGCAGCGUGUCGUCACAGAGGCGGCUCUGCAGCACCGCAGGCCUCUCCUGCUCCCUGACCAACGUCUCCUUCAGCAGUCUGGUGGUCACAGCCAGCAACGCUGCAGGAGAAAGUCAACCUGCCAAUGUCAUGGAAGUUACAGCAACGUCGCGCAGAAGGAGAGAUCUCAGGGAAAAAAGAAUACGAGUGAAUGGAGACCUCUCCGCUCCGCUGCUGGACGUCACACAUGCCCUCCCAACAAUCGUCUUCCUCCAGUGGUCUCCGGUGGAGGACGCUUCCUUUUACAGCCUGCUGGUCAGGAAGCAAGGCAGCUCAGACGACAGCCAGGAGCUCACCGUGUACGGGGAGAGCGUCAUUCUCAGCGACCUGAGCCCUGACUCUGCCUACUGUUUCUCCGUCUCGGCCUCCAACGCCGCAGACGUGAGCGGACCGGAGUCUGAGCCUGUGUGUGUCCAAACAGGCCGAGGGACGACGCAGUGAAGGGGGAACACGCUUUCUGAUGCAGGAGGAAGCACACUUGAUGUGGCAUUUCCUGUACUCUGAGUGCACGUUUAGAUGCAAUAGAUUAUGGAACAUGUUUUGGGUAGCAUGAUGCUUUGAAUUUAAAUGUCACACGUUGGCUUAAAUGCAUGUUUAAAACCCAACUGUACUAUUGUCUUCUGUUGGUUAAAGCUGCAUAAUGUUCACAGCGACGCUUUUUUCCACUUUUGUAAAUGCAACAAGAACUUGCUUAUCUCUAAUAUAUCAGAAAGUGUAUAAACAUGACCAAAUGUUGCACUUUAAACGUAUUUUAUUGAUUUAAAUCUUUUUUAUUCUCUGAUAUUCCAAUUAAAGUGAAAAUGAACCC